AUGACCGAUUACAAGUUCGAAGGAUGGAUGGGCUUAGACGCCGAGUCCGCCAGGGGCAACAUGGUCUGGCAGGAGUACGAACCGAAACCAUGGGAAGAGACAGAUGUUGACAUCAAAAUCACCAAUUCUGGCAUCUGCGGGUCCGAUUUGCACACUCUCAGAUCAGGUUGGGGUCAAACCCCUUACCCUUGCGUUGUCGGGCACGAAAUCGUGGGCGUAGCCGUCCGCGUCGGUUCCAAGGCUGAAGGUGGAAUCAAGGUCGGUGACCUUGUCGGUGUUGGCGCACAAUCCGACUCUUGUCUGGGCCGUGAUGGCCCUUGCAACGAAUGCAGCCAUGAUUCCGAGAACUACUGUACCAAGGUCAUCAACACAUACGCUUCUGUACAUAGAAAUGGAGGAAAAGGAUAUGGUGGCUAUGGUUUGUACCACCGUUGCCCCUCACACUUUGUGCUCAAGAUUCCCGAAGGACUCGCCCCAGAAUAUGCCGCCCCCAUGCUCUGUGGUGGCGUAACUGUUUACUCACCUCUCAAACACUUUGGAGCUGGCCCAGGCAAGAAGGUCGCCGUGGCAGGGGUUGGCGGUCUGGGGCACUUUGCUGUCUUGUUUGCCAAAGCAUUAGGCGCGGAUGAAGUCGUAGGAAUCUCCCGAAAGGCUAGCAAAAAACAGGAGGCUCUAGACCUGGGCUGUGAUGAUUACAUCGCAACCGAUGAUGACAAGGAUUGGGGGAAGCAUAAUGCCCGCCGUUUUGAUAUCAUCAUCAGUACAGUAUCCUCCGAGAAGAUGCCUCUAGACACUUAUCUCAGCACGCUGGGGCUGGAUGGUACACUGGUCCAGGUUGGAGCGCCUGAAGGCCCUGUGCCGUUGCGCAUUUUUAGCAUAAUUCCCGGCCGUCGCAGAAUUGCUGGAUCCGGCAUCGGCAGUCCGAAGGAGAUUCGAGAAAUGUUCCAGCUGGCCGUUGACAAGAAGAUCAAGCCAUGGGUUGAGAAGCGUCCGAUGAAGGAAGCUAACCAGGCAAUCGUGGACAUGGAAGCGGGCAAAGCAAGAUUCCGAUAUGUGCUGCAGAAUUAG